AUGGAAACCAGUCAGAUGCCCAAGUCAGGGAUUCAUCAGAAGCUGGGACCGGAGAUCAGUCAAAAUCCCAUGGAAAAUCAUGUUGACCCAGAAAAGGAAACUGAUGAAACUCCAGUAGCUGAGGUUAACCAAGAGCCUGUGGAAACAUGUCAGGGCGUAGUGGUGGAAACUGAUAUUAUCCCAGAAAAGCAAGCUGUUCCAGAGGCAGGCUUAGAGGUUAAUGAAGAACCUACGGAAACAUGCCAGGAAACAGCUGCAGAAUCUGAUGUGAACCCAGAGAAGCGAACUUCUGAUCCAGGUGUUAUUUACCGCUGCAGAAAAUGCCGGAGAAUGCUUGCAACACAAGAAUUUGUUGUUACCCAUGAAGUAGGUGCGGGUGGCAAGAGCUUCAGAGCAGGAAAACAGUCUAAUGUGCAUGAGGAUGGCGAAAAAACAGAAUGUCCAUGCAUCUUCGUGGAGCCCAUGAAGUGGAUGCAAACUGUGGAAGAAGGUUAUGUUGCGAACAAGCUCUUUUGCAUGGGAUGCAAAGCUCGUCUGGGACAAUUCAACUGGGCUGGUAUGCAGUGCAGCUGUGGAGCCUGGGUGAUUCCAGCAUUCCAGCUGACCAAAAGCAAGAUCGACAAAUGUUCAAUGUAA